CAGUUAUAUCCAAUAAUUAAAUACACACAAUUUAAAUUCUUUUUCAGCAAAGGGCUCCUUGAUAACCCUCUGAUACAAAGAUCACUUGCUUCAGUCCCUCAGUCAUCAUAGAGAACUGAAACACAAGAGAGAGAAGGCAAAAGCUUCAAAGAGUGAAGAAAGAUGGAAACAAAACCUAAUGAAAUCAGUAGCUCAAAGAUGUUUGGAGGAUACAAUAAAAGAUACAGACAUUUCAGUCCAACACUCGGCUGCUCCAUGACUUUCCACAUCUAUUUCCCUCCUUCCUCUUCUCCUUCUCACAAAUUUCCUAUCCUUUAUUUUCUCUCCGGUCUUACCUGCACUGAUGAGAACUUCAUAAUCAAGUCAGGAGCUCAACGUGCUGCCUCAUCUGAGGGUGUUGCACUGAUUGCCCCUGAUACAUCUCCAAGAGGCCUGAAUGUGGAAGGAGAGGCAGACAGUUGGGACUUUGGUGUAGGUGCUGGAUUUUAUCUUAAUGCUACUCAGGAGAAGUGGAAAAAUUGGCGUAUGUAUGACUAUGUUGUCAAGGAACUGCCAAAGCUUCUGAGUGACAAUUUUCCGCAGCUUGAUACAUCAAGGGCAUCUUUAUCUGGUCAUUCAAUGGGUGGCCAUGGUGCCUUAACAAUUUACCUGAAAAAUCUUGAUAAGUACAAGUCAGUUUCUGCAUUUGCACCGAUUUCCAAUCCUAUAAACUGUCCCUGGGGCCAGAAAGCUUUCACAAAUUAUCUUGGUAGCAGUAAAGGCGAUUGGGAGGAAUAUGAUGCUACUUCUCUGGUUUCAAAGUUCCAUGAUGUAUCAGCUACCAUUUUAAUUGAUCAGGGGGAAGAUGACAAGUUCUUGCAUGAUAAGCAGUUGCUGCCACAGAAAUUUGAGGAGGCAUGCAGAAGUGCUAAUGUUCCGCUUCUGUUGCGAAUGCAACCUGGUUAUGAUCACUCCUACUUUUUCAUUUCCACUUUCAUCGAUGAUCACAUCCGCCACCAUGCACAAGCGCUGAAUCUGUAAUUCAUGCCUGGAAAUUUGUGUAACGGGACAGGAGGAUUGUUCCUAGCAAUAUGGUGAACCUUAAAUAAACGUUGUACUUGCUCCUUUGCUUUCCCAGGAGAUAAAAAUAUUAUACAUAUGUAUGUGAUGGAGAUGUAGUAUGUAGUAGCAUAUGUAUUCCCUCAUAUUACUGUUACUUUAAAACUUGGUAGCAUGAAAGCCACACAUUUCCUGUGGUUUUUCAUAUAGUGUAGUUUAAAUACUGUUUUUGCACUUA